AUGGACGAUUUUAUUGACCUGAGCGAUGACCAAUGGGAGCGCCUCGAGCGCGGCGAGCGCAUUUCUUCCCCGAGCUGCGGCGCCGGUGAUCGCGCCGAUGAUCGCGCCGGCAAUUCCGCCGCUGAUCCCGCCGUGAAUUCCGCCGGCGAUUGCGGCCGGCCGAUGGACCCGCGAUUGGCGCUAGAGCUCGAGGAUGAGCGGGAAGACGUCGAAGCGCGUCUGCAGAAAAUACAGGAGGAGGUCGAGUCGCUGUUAGAGGAGCAGGAGCAGCUAAUUAAGCGACGCGAGGAGAUUAACUCCAGACUAGAGGCGUCGGCUGCGGCUGCAGCCUCGUGGGCUGCUGCUAAUAACGCGAAUAUUAAUAACGGAGUUGUCAGUGAGAGCAAUAAUACCAGUGAUAGGAACGAUAGUGGUGGUGCAAAACCUGAGCAAGGGGUAGCAGUGAGUGUGGGGGGGUCAAGAGGAGUAGGAGGAGCAGGAGGAGCAGGGGCAGGAGGAGGGGCGGGAGGAGGAGCAGGUGCAGCAGGGUUGGGAUCGGUGGCGAGGUGGCAAGCCCCCUUUGAGUGGGACGCUCAGGUGGCUGCGAUUGGGCGAGAUGUGUUUGGGAUCGGACGGUUCAGAUCGCAGCAGAGGGAGAUCAUCAACGCGGUGUUGUGCAAGCGAGACGUGUUUGUGAUCAUGCCAGCAGGGGGAGGCAAGAGCCUCUGCUACCAGCUGCCUGCGCUGCUCUCUCCAGGCAUCUCCCUUGUCGUCAGCCCUCUGCUGUCGCUCAUCCACGACCAGUGUGGUUUCCUCUGCUACCAGCUGCCAGCGCUGCUCUCGCCAGGCAUCUCCCUGGUCGUCAGCCCGCUGCUCUCUCUCUCAUUCACGACCAGCGCUGCUCUCCCAGGGAUCUCCCUCGUCGUCAGCCCGCUGCUCUCACUUAUUCACGACCAGCUGCCUGCGCUGCUCUCUCCAGGCAUCUCCCUGGUCGUCAGCCCUCUGCUGUCGCUCAUCCACGAUCAGCUAUCUGCGCUGCUCUCUCCAGGCAUCUCCCUUGCUGUCAGCCUGCUGCUCUCUCUCGUCCACAACCAGGCGACUGCCAACGCUACUUUUCUCUCUCCAGGCAUCUCCCUUGUGGUCAGCCCUCUGCUAUCGCUAAUCCACGACCAGCUGCCUGCGCUGCUCUCCCCAGGCAUCUCCCUGGUCGUCAGCCCACUUUUGUCGCUCAUUCACGACCAGCUGCCUGCGCUGCUCUCCCCAGGCAUCUCCCUGGUCGUCAGCCCGCUGCUGGCUCUCAUCCACGACCAGGUCAUGUGCCUGUCAGGCUUUGGCGUGCCGAGGCUUUGGCGUGCCAGCGGCCUUGCUCACAUCUACAACGAGGCGCAUUGCUGCAGCCAGUGGGGCCAUGAUUUCCGCCCUGACUACGCUCAUCUCUCAGUGCUUAAAAAGCAGUUCCCCAAGACGCCCAUGCUCGCCCUCACAGCAACAGCGACAGAGCGUGUGAGGGACGACGUGAGGGACAUGCUUCAAAUGCGCCGCUGCGAGCUGUUUGUCUCCUCUGUCAACCGGCCCAAUCUCUUCUACGAGGUGCGGGAGAAGCCGCCGCAGCAUCUGCUGUGGAGUCUAUUGCACGCUUCAUUCUGGAGCACUAUGCACGCACCCUCUGACUCGAUCGAUACCGACCAUACCUUUCCCUUCUGUCUCUGUCAGGUGCGGGAGAAGCCGCCAGGUGCUGCAUCUACUGUGGAGCCUAUUGCUCACUUCAUUCUGCAGCACUAUCUACGCUCAUUUGAAACCGGUACCAACCAACCAUGCCUUUCCCUCCGUCCCUCUCAGGUGCGUGAGAAGCCGCCUGGUGCUGCACCUGCUGUGGAGUCUAUUGCACGCUUCAUUCUGGAGCACUACGCUCCCUCGGACUCAGGCAUCGUCUACUGCUUCUCAAGGAAGGAGUGCGAGCAGGUGCAGUGCGGCAUCGUCUACUGCUUCUCACGCAAGGAGUGCGAGCAGGUACGCUGUGGUGGUAGCAGGUACGCUGUGGUGAUAGCCGGUACGAUGGGAAGAAGUGAGGCAGCAUCGGAGUUAUCGCUGCGUGGCAUCCCAGCGGCACACUACCAUGCCAAUAUGGACCCAUCUCAUCGCACUCUCAUUCUCUCUCUCAACUCAAGCGGUCCUUCAUUGAUUGUAAUCAGGGUGGCAUCGGAGCUGUCACUGCGGGGCAUCCCAGCAGCGCACUACCAUGCCGACAUGGACCCAUCCCAUCGCACCCACGUGCAUGUCAGCUGGAGCAGGGGAGAAGUGCAAGUCAUUGUGGGCACUGUGAGUGACCGGGUUGGGAGGGGUGGGGGAAAAGGGGGGAAGGGGGGUAUAGUUGGUUCGGUUUGUCAUACACCAUACUCUCAGCAAGUCUAUAGAGACGUAUUACCAGGAGAGUGGGCGAGCGGGCAGGGAUGGGCUGCCGGCUCGCUGCAUUCUCUUCUUCCGAUGCGCCGACCUGCCCCGACAGGCAAGGAUGGGCUGCCGGCGCGCUGCAUUGUCUACUUCCGAUGCGCAGACCUGCCCAGACAGAGCAGCAUGGUAUUUGCAGAGAACGCUGGGCUGAUCAAUCUGUAUGCCAUGGGGCGGUAUGCCAUGACACUUUGGGGAGGAGCCGAGGGAAUGCGAAGGCAUGUGUGA